UUCCCAAUCAUUCGCACUUCGCGGACUCAAAACAGUACCACAAUUAAAUGUCAACAUUAUUCAUUUAAAAACAUUUAAUAUUUAUAUCGUACUCUAGGGCUUAUUUUUAUCCAGUAAACUAGUUUCCAAUCCACCUUCUCAAAUAUUAUUAACAAGUAAACUGUAGUAUUUAUAUUUUACAAUUUAGUCAUGAGCCAAGCUAUCCAAGCUAAACAAGCGGAUCGUUUGAAGAAACUUAGAGACCUCCACAUCAAAAGAAAUGAAGCAAGAGUGAACAACCAUCAAGAAGUUGUUGAAGAAGACAAACAAAUGAAGUUGCCAUCAAACUGGGAAGCGAGGCAAAGAAAAGCAGAAUGGCUUUUAAAUGACGAUAAACUAAGACAAGAGGCUAAAGAAAAAGGACAAGAUUAUAACCGAUUAAAACUUUUAAACAUGACCGCAAUGGAAGCAGAUGCUAUUGAUAGAAAGAAAAAACGCCAAAAUCCUGAUCCUGGUUUCUCUGAUUAUGAAGAGGCUACAGCUCGUCAAUACAACAGAAUGAUAUCCAACAUGAAAGUAGACAUGGACGCCUAUCAAAGACAAAAAGAUAAACUGGGCAAAGCAUUCUAUGCAGAGGCCAAUACUUAUUUGCAUGAUAAAGUUAAAGAUUCAAAAGAAGGAAUCGACAAGAUGGUCGAUGAUUUAGAAAAACAAAUUGCAAAACGUAACAAGUUUAGUAGGAGAAGAACACAUAAUGAUGAAGCAGACAUUGAUUAUAUCAAUGAAAGAAAUAUGAAAUUCAAUGCAAAAUUGGAACGGUACUAUGGAGAGCAUACUACACAAAUCAAACAAAAUUUGGAAAGAGGAACUGCUAUUUAAAUUUAAAACACAACAACCACAUAAUUAUAUAUAUAUCAAACAUAAGUUUUUUUAUUAUAUAUAUUUAAAUAAAAAUGUAAUAACUAAUUCAACAAAUUAUUGCAUCAACCCAUGUUCCAAGUCUUUUUGUGUACAAAAAAAAUAACGCAUUGGUCAAAGUUUAGCAGUUGAAUUUGAUGGUUUCUUCUAAAUGCCCAUUGUUCUUUGUGAAAAAUAAAUAUAAAUAUGUAAUAUUUAUGGUGUAUGUAUAACAAUAUUUUUAAUAAAAUACUUAAACAAACUUA